AAUCGUAGCUUUUACAUGUGAGGUGCUACGACAGGAUUCACCUCGAGGAAGAGAAGAAGUUUGGAAAGGAUUUUUGGAUUACUAGCUGCCUAUGGAACAGGAGUUUACUUUCUCGCUCGCGGAAGAACGAUUGCAUGUCCCUCGUCCGGACAAAUACGACGGACGAAUGGAUCUCCCAACGGUGGAAGCUUGGCUGCGCUCGAUGGAGCGCUAUCUCGUUGCGCACGGCGUCUCGGAAAGACGUUGUGCAUGGACUGCAGCCUGUUACCUCACAGGCUUUGCUGAAGAAUGGGUUUGUGGUAACCCGGAAGUCUAUCAGCAGUUAAAGGAUGGUUCAGUAUCCUGGAACACCUUCAAGCAGUCCAUCAGGGAAAAUUUUAUCCCUGCAAAUGCUGUUAGAGAUGUAACGUGCUACGUUACGAUGUGCUAUUCUGGGAGAGUUGGUCGAACCAAGAUUCGAACAACGAACACAGAGGAAACACAUCCCCGAUGAAACCACUAGGACACAGCGAUUUACUUAUUCUGUCACGGCACAAAACCGAAAUAAAGUUUAGCUUCUAGUCAAGAACUUUAUAGCGACUUUAAGCGACAAACUCUCCACUCUGAGCGACAGGUUUAGAAUUUAGGAAAUGAAGUUUAUUUAACCGAAUUAUCACUACCUUAAGUAUAUGCACAAAGUGAAUGGUAC